AGCAAUGGUCUGCCCACAACUUCCUGAGCCAAUCAACGGGCAUAUGAACUGCUCAUCUGAAGAGCCCACCUUUGGCACCGUCUGCAUCUUCAGCUGUCAUAAAGGCCACCAACUUGAUGACCACAGUAAUGAGAUCGUGAUGUGCAACUACAAUGGGAGCUGGUCAGGGGAAGUGGCAGUGUGUCAAGCUUAUCCUGAUCCCUCUGCAUCACUCUUUGAAGUGACGGAAGGGACUCUUGAGGUUGCAGGCGCCAUCGGCGGCUCCAGUCUGGGCUUAGUCCUCUGGAUACUGAAGAGACUGAGGAGAAAAGCUAACAAUUUUGAUCUAAACAGUACUUCGGAUACUGAGGAUCCACCACAGUUUUAUACGAACAGUGUUGACAGUCUCAUAUAGACCAAAAUAGCAUCAAAUACAGCAUAUACGGUGGGAAUAUAUUCCUCAUGCACAUAGACAGGCCAGUGUGUGUGUGUAAUGAUAGCAAUGUAACUUAUUCCAGUGAACAAUUCAUUGAAAAACUGAAUUAAACUUUAAUUUUCACAGGACUCACGACUGCCUCGCUGGAUAUAAAAAUGUAUGUCAUCACAAAAGAUUCACUUGGAUAUUUUUAAACUCUGAGGGGCAUUAUCAAUUACUAGGCAACAGUAACUGAAUGCAAUUUCUACUUCCCAACGGAAGCUUUAAUUAUUUACUUGACUGAACAUAUUGUUCUGUACUGUUUAAAUGUCCUAUUGUUA